AUGAAUGAUAUCUACAAAGCAGCGGUUGAGCAGCUGACAGAUGAACAGAAAAAUGAGUUCAAGGCUGCCUUCGACAUCUUCGUGCAAGACGCAGAGGAUGGCUGCAUCAGCACCAAAGAGCUAGGGAAGGUUAUGAGGAUGCUCGGUCAGAACCCUACACCAGAGGAACUGCAGGAGAUGAUAGAUGAGGUGGAUGAAGAUGGGAGCGGCACAGUUGACUUUGAUGAGUUCUUGGUCAUGAUGGUGAGAUGCAUGAAAGACGACAGCAAAGGGAAGACAGAGGAAGAGCUUGCAGACCUCUUUAGGAUGUUUGACAAAAAUGCUGAUGGUUAUAUUGACUUGGAUGAGCUGAAAAUAAUGCUAGAAUCUACAGGAGAGGCAAUCACUGAGGAUGACAUCGAAGAGCUGAUGAAAGACGGGGAUAAGAACAACGAUGGCAAAAUUGAUUACGACGAAUUCUUGGAGUUCAUGAAAGGAGUGGAGUAACGUUGAACAGGAGAUGAUCCAGAGUCAUUUUAAUGUCCCUGUGGCUCCACGGUAAUCGGUGGAAAAUUGGAUGCUUGUUUGGCUUCAGCUGAUGGAAACAAUGGGACACCUUCGCAAAUAAUGUAUCUGAUUAUUUAUUUUGUAUUUUCUAUCAUAUCUUGCUUUGUUGAAGACGCAAUUUGUGACUUUCAGAACAUUGAAUCUGUGUAAAUGUGUCUAAAUUGCUUAAAUUUUUUUUUUGUUGAGACCAAAUCUUACUUCACUUUUAACUGGUUUAUAUUAGGUUUCUGUAUUAUUUUCCAGGUUAAUAUAAUCUUACGAAAACCUUACUAUGUAAAUAAACACAAAGUUAAGUUUUGUUAGAAGAAUAUUUUAUCCAGGAAAUGAUCUGGAUCCAGUUAAUGUGUAUACUAUUACUUAUAGUACAAAUUGCAUACAUUUCUGCGUGUCCAAAGUCCCAUCCGGAUGUUUGAUUCUGUUCUCGUGUUUAAAGUUUGACUGCAUGGAUCUGCGCAAAAGGUUGAUGUGUUUUCAUGUAAUAAAAUUGGAAAAGAUCUAUAUGCCUCUGUAAA